UCAAUUUCACCGUUGUCCGGCACACGGUUGUCUCGCCAGUCGACUUACUUGGCUGUCAUUGCUGUCAGACCGAAUUCUGAGAGUAAUGCCGGUCCGUUCGUGCACAGUGUCAGAGCUUCCCAUCAGCUCGCCUUAAAUCAAGUGGUUUAUUGAGAAAGGUAAUAACAUAAGAAUAUUAUCAAAAGUGGGCACCAAAGGAAGAAAGGAAAGAAAACAAGAGGGUCAAAAUCAGGGAGUAGAGAGGGGGGCCACAAAGAAGAGGAUGCUCUGUUGUAACUGAAACGGAGCUGGUUCGAAUAUUUGAAGACAUGAAAAUGACUGAUCGGCCCCCUUCAGUACCCGGUCUGGAGGAACCUAUUAAUUACAUUGCCCGAAAUGGUCAUAUAUCGGACGGCCCUCACAGACAAGGCCGGGAAAAACCCCGUGAGGCUUCGGAUUCGUUGCGAUCAGUGUCGACAGAGGUGGAAGUCAAACAGUCCGUAACCAGGCCACCAACCGCCAAACUGCCUCUCCAAAAUGAUCUAACGGACGGUCAAACUACUCUUCGUCAUCCGUUCCCCCAUCUUUACCAUUCCUCCAGUACCUCCCGAUCUCCUUCCACCCGAACCUCUUCGAGUUCACUGCAAGCAUUAAACGAGGAUAUCGUUGUCGAUGCCCGGUCCGAUCUCGGCGCGAUCGGCCGGGGUCCCCUUCCCCGGAGGAGUUCCCACCUAGGGCAGUCAGAUACCCAACCUGCCGAAUAUCCAGUCUAUCCCGAUCAGUCCUACGCUGUCCUCCAAUCUCAAGUUCACCCCACUUACCAGCUUCCGUCUAUCCGUUCCAGAAACUCCUACCCAUCACGAAUUGAGGUCCUUGGGCGAUUUCCCCCGUCGCGUGCCUCUCGCACAGCAGGCAAUACUCCGGUGUCCAGCCCAGGGCUAUUCUCUAUCCGCAGCCCUCUUCGUUCGACCUCUUCACUCGUGUCGGACGAUGACGGCCGGAUCAGCAGUCCUUUUCUUCACCCAACCCAUCUCCAGCCGCCGAAGGAAACACAUACAGCUGAGGUAGACAGGGACACUGUAACCGGAAACAAAGUAAUCAACCAGUAUGAGAUCUUAGAAGAACUCGGACGCGGCGAACAUGGGAAAGUGAAAUUGGGAAGACAUGUGGGCACCCGCCAGAAAGUCGCAAUCAAGAUUGUUCAGCGGUAUUCAAAACGACGUCGUCUGGGUAAACUGGGGAAUCCCGAGGACAAAGUGAAGAAAGAAGUUGCGAUUCUGAAGAAGGCCCGACACCCGAAUGUGGUUAGCCUUCUAGAGGUGAUUGACGAUCCAAAUCGCCAGAAGGUAUACAUCGUCCUUGAAUAUGUCGAGAACGGCGAAAUUAUUUGGCGGCGACGAGGGCUACGAGAAGUUGUCCAUGUCGACAAGCGCCGACUGGAACGUGAAAAAGCGGGCAUUCCCGAUUCCCCUUCAUUCAUGGAGGAGUGUCAACAGUAUAUCCGGACUGCUCAACAUCUUCGCCACCAACGUGAGAAAGCACGCGAGCGACGUCAAAUGCAAGCCGCACACGCACAAGAAGCUCCCAUCCCUGCCUGGAGUUUAGAGCAUGGAGCAGAGUCAGAUGACGAACUGGGGCCCGAAUUGACAGUCACCCGUACGCCUAGCUGUUCCAGGAUGAGCCAAGAAGACAUCCAGUCUUCUCCAAGCCAUUCUUCACAUGAUGCGGCCCUAGCUGCGGUGGAAGGCAGUAUGUAUGGGGCUUAUAUGGAUUAUCCCUUUGAGAGACGGUUUAGCACAGCGUCGAGCAGCUUUGGAUAUGCGCCUUCGGAGCCCGAAUGGACACCUGAUGAUGACGACAUGUCCUUUGUUCCCUGUCUAACCUUCACUGAAGCACGCAACGCAUUCCGGGAUUCCCUGCUUGGUCUCGAGUACCUCCAUUAUCAGGGUAUCAUUCACCGCGAUAUCAAGCCUGCAAACCUCCUACUCACCAGCAAUCACCGUGUUAAGAUCUCAGACUUCGGUGUGUCUUACCUGGGGCGACCCAUGAGGGAUGAAGAGGAGGAGCAAGUUGGGGAGACAGAUGCGACUGAGCUGGAUGACGCUCGGGAGCUAUCUAAAACUGUGGGAACACCCGCUUUCUACGCUCCGGAGUUGUGCUAUACGGGCGAAGACUUCGUCGAUGCCAUUGGCAACGUACCGCGGAUUACUGGUGCUAUUGAUGUCUGGUCCCUUGGCGUCACUCUUUAUGGUAUGAUAUUUGGGCGCUUGCCAUUCGUCUCCGAUGAUGAAUACAAUAUGUUCCAAACAAUUGUGAAGAAAGAUGUCUUCAUCCCACGCAAACGCCUGAAGCCUGUCGAAGACGACCCUGACACGGUCAGUCAAUGGCCCCGUUAUGCAGAUGGUGACAAACGAAUGGAAGAUGAGCUUGCGUAUGAAGAUAUUGACGAUGAGUUGUUUGAUUUAUUAAAACGACUCUUAACCAAGGAUCCCGUCAAGCGAAUUACCGUGAAAGAGAUAAAGCACCAUCCUUGGGUCCUAGACGGUCUACCCAACCCCAGAGCGUGGGUGGAGGAAACUGAUCCAGGCUACCAGAGUAAGGGUAAGAGGAUUGAGGUAUCCAACGAAGAAGUUACCACAGCUGUGAGCAAAGUCCCGUUUAUACAGCGUGUGCGAUCCAACGUUGCAAAGUGGUCCAACUAUCUUACUGGGCGGUCCAAGGAUAAAGACUCUAGCAAGCGAACGUCCAGUGCAGCUCCCUCAGUCGAGUCUUCUUCCGCAUCAAGUAACAACAGCUUUGGAAAGUACCUUUGGGACAGUCGUCGUGCUAGUCUCAGGGAUGAGGACUUCUUGCGACCGCCCCGUCUAAGCAAAGACGGUGAGCAUCCCCUAUCGCAGAGUGUCACUGCGAGCCCAGUGGGUAGGGAGGAGCAAACUUCCUACUUUGAGGGAGCCCUAGUCGGCUCAUCGUUAUCACUUGACCGGACCCCGCGGCCAGACCCGCCAGAGCGUGCGGUAUCUACAUUGUCCACAGCCGAGUCCGCAAAGACAGUAAAGGCAACAAACUCCAACUCCACGCCUGUACCCCAAAGAAGCGUUACACCAGCUCGCACGGAGGCCCCAUGUACUACCAACGUCAACGGCCUUUUUGGCGGUGCAAGUCGUCGGUUUGCCAGAGGACUCCAAUCUGGAGAGCGGCGCUCGGAUAAAUCAGUCUCUGAGUCUGCGUCUCUGGAUGGGGAUCGUCAUUGCGAGCCCACUUUAGCGUUGAGUGUCGCAUCGGCGUUGGGACAGCAUUCUAAUUUACUGCCAGAAGAUAACUCAUCUUUAUUGCGAGCUGAAGGAUCGACCUCUGCGUCCUCGGGACACCGACGCAAUCGCUCCCAUCAGCUGCCGGGCAAGUCUUCCACAGAGCCUUUCCACCUCACCAAGGAGGCAUUAUUACGUCAGAGACGUAGCGACAUUGAACCUAGUGCCAACGGAACCCAAUCAUUUCAUCGUAGAGGCAGCGAGCCAUCUACGAAGGAUUGUAUCAGCCUAGGAUUGGAAGCUCAGCCCCGGGUACCAGACUCACUUGGUGAAAGUGUUUUUACCGACCCGCCAUCUGGGGGACUAACAACCUCGCCUCCAUCCUCGGUUGAGGACUAUACCAGCGGAAUGUCGCAGAGUGCUUCGCACCCAAGUAUACCAUCCGUCGCCUCGGGGGCAUCAUCGCUUUCCGGCAAAGGUGAUCCGUCUGGAAAGGAUGGAGAUUCAGUAAUCCAAGUUCCUUCUAUUCUUCGCACGGGUGAAACCGUUAAAGCGCAGCACAUAAGCGUGUCACGAUCAGCGGAUGACGAUGAAUCUCGGUAUUAUUGUGAUGAUGAAAAUGAAUCUGAAGACGACUCGGAGGACGAGGGCCUUGUCAUUGGCAAAAAGAAGGCGACACCUCAAAAACCAAUUAUUCGUGGCGACAACCUACCAAAGUCUUGAAUUAUAUAUGUCAAUGCGAAGCUACUUUGUUGUUCGUCGGCUGUACAGCCGACCAAAGGUGAAAAGUUUCGUUCGGAGCUUGUCAUACCCAAAAGGCCCUUUACCGCCUCACUUGGUCACGAUGUCCCUUUCUUACUUCUUAAUAUUUUUUUUCUAUCUAUCACGAGUUGUCUU